GAUUUUAAGCUCGAGUUUGGCCAUCAUCAAGGCAGGACAAGUUCUGUCUGGCAUGGAGGUACAGCUACCAUUGUUCAGAGCCCUGGAGACGAAGUAUGGGGAAUAGUGUGGAAAAUGAACACUAGCAAUUUAAGUUCACUGGAUAAGCAAGAGGGAGUUGAAGCUGGCAUUUAUGUCCCAAUAGAAGUUAAUGUCCAGACUCAAGCAGGAGAGGUAGUGACCUGUCGGAGCUACCAGAUGCAGGACUAUGUCUGUGGUCCCCCUUCUCCUCAGUAUAAAAAGGUUAUCUGUAUGGGUGCAAAACAGAAUGGCUUGCCAGCUGACUAUCAGAAGAAAUUAGAAGCUGUUGAAACUAAUAAUUAUGCAGGGCCAGUGCCAAUCAUGGAAAAAAUUGAAGCUGCUAUUAAAGAAAAGGAAAAAAAAUCUGCAUAGAAUACCUCUGCACUUGCUUGGCCAUUCACUGUCAUUUAGAUACCUCUCAUCACUCUGCUGAUCAGCAGUUUAUUUAUCUAGGAAAGAUGAGUUUGCUCUGCAUCUACAUCAGACAUAAUUUGCAGUCUGAUGACACACUGACAUAGGUAACUUCUUUGCUUUGUAUGUAUAGCUUGAGUACCUGCUGAAGUUGUUGCAGAUUUAGACAUUAUCUUUCUGUAUCUGUCAUGCUGUG